AUGGCACACCCGGACGGCCAGGAAGAUACUCGCAAUGGCUCUGACGUUAUGAAAAUCCCUUCGGGAAGCUCAAAUCCAGAUAAAUUGGAGAGAGUCCGUAGCCCUAGCCCAGAAGGCGUGCGACCACCGCUACCCCCGAGACCGAACACGCUGAAUCUGCUGAGCGAUGAAUCGGCGUCCUUCGCAGCACUACAGUCCGAGGCUACGACCGCCAUUUCCCGGGCAGAAAUCAAUACGCAGACCCAAGAAGGAGCAAAUAGUGCAUACUCCACGCUCGCUGCCCGUAGUCUAUCAAAGGGACCAAAGGCAAAAGCAAGCCUAAGCCAACUGGCUAGGUCGCGAGCAACUAGCGAUGCCGGUGACUCGGCAAGUAUUCGAAGCUCUGUUCUCCCGAGUGGCGAUAUUGGGGAUAUGGACGCUCUAUUUAGGGACUUCGUUUCCUCAAUGCCUGAUCCUCAUUCUAGCGCCGCGAGCUUGCUGCAUUUUGCCGAAUUCCCUGGCGACUAUGAAAACGAUGCUCAGUUUUUGACCGAGUUUGAUCCAGUUGGUGAAGUCGACGAAGACGCAGGCAAUGAAGAGUUGGUUCUCGGUCACUGGAAGCAAAAGCAAAAGCAUUAUCUGAUUUUGUCCGCGGCCGGAAAGCCGAUUUGGACACGACACGGUGACGGCGGUCUGAUCUCUACCUAUGUUGGGGUGAUACAAACUAUCAUUUCCUUUUACGAAGAUUCUGAAGAUCACUUACGAGGUUUCUCUGCUGGAGACAUGAGGUUUGUCGUUGUGACUCGUGGGCCCCUCCAUCUCGUUGCUAUCAGCCGUAUGAUGGAGAGCGACAAUCAACUCCGCCUUCAGCUGGAAGCGCUAUACAUGCAGAUUCUCUCUACUUUGACACUUCCAUCUCUCAGCCAUUUAUUCUCUGUCCGACCCUCUACAGAUCUCAAGCGACCUCUCCAAGGAUCAGAAACACUUCUUUCUUCUUUAGCUGACAGCUUUACACGCGGAUCGCCUUCCACCUUGCUGUCUGCUCUAGAAUGCCUCAAGAUCCGAAAACAACAUCGCCAGUCCAUAAACAAUGCACUUUUAAGAACGAAGGAUGGAAACCUGCUGUACGGUCUCGUCGUUGCUGGUGGGCGCCUUGUAAGCGUUGUACGCCCCAAGAAACAUUCAUUGCACCCAGGUGAUCUCCAGCUUCUCUUCAACAUGAUCUUCGAAGCCGAUGGUGUCAAGGCCGGUGGCGGCGAAAGCUGGAUACCGGUCUGUCUGCCUGGAUUCAACAGCAAUGGCUACCUAUACAUGUAUGUCAGCUUUCUCGAUCUUCGGGACGAUGUCAACGAGAGCGAAGAUAUAUCCAAGGAUGAGUCCGUUGCUAUCGUUCUCAUAAGCCCGAACAAAGAGAGUUUCUUUGAAAUGAAAGAAAUGCGCGAUGCCUUUGUCGAGGGCUGGCCAGCACUGUUCAAUGCUUCACCCAAACUGGGAUAUCUGACUAUAACUAGGUUGAUGUCUAUAUACAAUAAUCUUCAUCAAGGCAUACACGCCAAACAUACGAAUGUGAAGGUACACUAUUGUGUAUCGAGGUCGGCGAGUUCUUUUGCCUGGGUGACCCCUAUUUUUGAAUUCUACUGUGUUGCCGAACCAAACGCCAAUAGGAAUGCUUUAGUGCAGGGUGCCAGCAAAAUCACCCAGUGGAUCCAUCAGGAGGAGGAAAGGCUAUUCAUCGUCGGCGGUGCAGUAUGUUAA